GAUGGAGGGGGAAGGCGGGAAGGAAGAGCUACGUUAGUGUUGAGGGAGUAACAGAGAAAACGAAAGAGACAGACAGAGAGAGAGAGAGAGAGAGAGAGAAAGAGAGAGAGAGAGAGAGAAAGAGAGAGAGGGAGACGAGCAGAUCAGGGUUCGUUGUGGAGUGGGGUCAGAUGGUACGUAGUACGUAGUCAGUGAGUAGGUAAGGGGUGAGAGUGGGUGGUUGGUGGAUCCCUAGUUAGCCAAGACACAUUGGCAAGCGAUCGUGCCAGCAUGGCAGUAGCCAACGUUUCCUGCAGAAGCCCUUAGAGGAGACCGACAGGUCUUCCAAGCCAUAAAGGGGAUGAUGAUACGAUUCGAGGCUCACGUUUAAACGUUGGAGAAAUUGGUUGCAUUCACGGAGGUAUGUGUGGUUGCCAAGGUUACCGGAGGGGCUGGACCAGAUCUUUAUAGAGAGAGAGAGAGAGAGAGAGAGAGAGAGAGAGAAAGAGAGAGAGAGAGAGAGAGAGAGAGAAGAGCGUUGGCGCUAUCGAGGAUUUCGAGGAGGGGCGGGCUACGGGGGUGUGUGCUUACUAGGGGAGGUUGCAGCCAGAAAUUUUAUAGAGAUGGAGUUUCUGCAGAAUCAUCACACGGUGAACACCUCCGAGUCGCCGUACACUCUCGGCACAGGAUCGGUGGGUACAAUCGAGGCGACCAUACCAUCUGGGCUUUGUACCGGUUCGUUGGGUGUUCUUACAAACGACGAUACCUUGACCGACAAUCAAAAUGAAGAAACGUUAAGUGCAUUGCAAGGUACAUUACGUUUGCAAGAUUUACAAGCCUCCACGGAGGAUAUUACGGGGCCAGAUCAAACUCAACAAAUUCAAACGAAUUCAGGCCAAGGCCAAGUGGUCGGUGGUGAAUUUGGUAGUGGUUUUUGGGUCGACGAUAUGGCAGGUUUUCCACCAUUGGAUUUGGAUCCAUUGCCUGGUUUGUUCAGUCCUUGUUCGGGUACAUACAAUUGGGGAUGUCCAAGGGGCGAUUGCGUACCAAGGACAAACAAUGGUAAUGGCGAAGGCGUCGCUGACGUAUUGUUAUCCUUGAAACAUGCCGUCGUACAUCCUGGAAGUCCUACAGGAGGAUAUUAUUCAACGGGUGGACCUACGACCCAUCACUAUACGCAAGAUUAUACUCAGAAUUUAGGACCACCCGUAGGCCCGCCACCAACUCAUUACGCGUCGGCACCAGCAAUGUCGGUCAACGUUUCGAUGAACAUGACGAUGAACAUGAACUUGCAUCCUGGGUACGAGCAAAGUUAUUCGUCGGCAUGGGGUGCAGAACCGUUGUUAAGUCCCGCCCCUCAAUACAAUCCGGUAGAAACACAGACGAGGGUAAAUCAGGCGUCGACGAAUGGCCUGAUAGGUGGUAGUACUGGUCACGCCCACGCUCAUCCCCAUCCGCACACUCACCCCCGUCUCCAAGGACCGAACGAGCACGCGCUCUGUGUUAAUGGUGGUGGAGGUGGACCAAACGUCGUAACCAACCCGGACGACAAUGGCAGGCCAAAUCUCUGCAGGAUAUGCGGAAAAUCUUAUGCCCGGCCUAGUACUCUUAAAACACAUCUUAGGACUCACUCUGGCGAGAAACCGUUCAGAUGUCAUGCGUGCUCGAAAGCCUUCAGCCAAGCUGCCAACUUGACCGCCCAUACGAGAACACAUUCAGGAGAGAAACCAUUCCGAUGUCCAGUUUGCGAUAGAAGAUUUUCACAAAGCAGUUCGGUGACGACACACAUGAGAACUCAUUCUGGUGAACGUCCUUACAGAUGUCGCCUUUGCAAGAAAGCGUUCUCCGACAGUUCGACGUUGACAAAACACUUACGAAUUCAUUCCGGUGAGAAACCAUAUCAGUGCAAGGUAUGUCUCCUAAGAUUUAGUCAAAGUGGCAAUCUCAACAGGCACAUGAGGGUUCAUACGGCGACCCUAACGUGACACAAUUCAACGAAGACAAUCGAUAGCAAUCAUUCGCUGCCACGAUAUUGUCGAAUACCGGUUAUUCGACAUGGAACUGGAACUAUUACUAUUACUACUACUACUACUACUACUUCUACUGCUGCUGCUGCUACUAUUAAUACUAAUACUACCACUAAUACUAAUAAUAACUUGACGACAAAAAUUUAGAAUAAUAAUCGAUAAAUAGAUCGAAAUACAAAACACCGAAGUGUGUGUUGUCUCUGUACAGCCGAUAAAUCUCUCUUCUCUCAUUCCUCCCGACUGCAACCGAAAUUUUAAAAAGAGAAAAUAAUAAUAGAAUAAAAUAAAAUAGUGUUUAAAAAAAAAAAAAGAAAACUAAAAAAGAAUCCUAAUAAUAUUCAGUUCUUUCGCAAUGUUUUUUCUACAGAAAAACAAAAAAAGAAAGAAAGAAAGAAAAAAGCAACCUAAAGAUCGCAUCGAUCAAUCUUCCACGUCAGAGUCUUCGAAUAGGUAAUAUCGUAAAUCGAGAAAAAUAAAAUUAAUUAACACGGUCGAAAUAACAAUAAAAAAAAUUAAAUCGAAUUAAGAAAAGAAAAGCAAAAUUAAAAAUUAAAUAUAAACGGUAUUCCAAUCAAAUUCAAUUCUAACGAAACUAAAUUUAAAAAUCAAUCAAAGAUCUCAUCGAUCGUUCACGUUCGAGCCUUCGGAUAGGGAAAAUAUAAAUCAAGCAAUGAAAUGAUAUGAUAUGAUAUGAUAUGAUAUGAUAUGAUAUGAUAUGAUAUGAAAUGAAAUGAAAUGAAAAAAGAAAGAAGAAAAAACCGAUAAAGGAUUUUUCCGAGUUAAGUUUAGAUCUUUAUAGAUCAUCGCGAGAUCGAGAUCGACGUUUUAUAUUUUUAAAUCCAGGAGACGAAUGAUAAUCGAAGGAUCAACGAUCGAGAUAGAUGAUAUUAAAUCGAUCGAUAGAUCGACAAAGAGAGAGAGAUCAAUAGAUCAAUCCGAUCGAUCGAUCAAACGCACUUAGCUAUUUAAAUUAGGUCGGGAUCAGGUUGUUGAUGGGAUAUCGUAAUUUAGAUCUCCAACACAUCCACCAUAGCACCGUUGAUUAUUGUACAAAUAUUGUAUUUAUUAUAAUUAAUUAUAAUAUUAA